CUGGAAGUUGGGAUGUUUGCAAUUCUAAAUGGAGGGAUUGGGAAGGAAGAGUGAUCAAUGCCAGCUAAGGUUGUUAGGUAUCUUUGAAAGAGUAGCGUUACAGUUCAUGUCAAAUAAGAGUGGUGGGAAUUCCAUCUCAAAGAAGAGUGUUGGUCCAGUCCAUCUCAAAGUUUGAGGACUCAAAGUAUGGUUCAAAAUCUGAGGUAUGAGUUGAGGAUGGGCUAUGUUGCCACUGCGAGGUCGUUCUUCUGUUUAGGUCUCCCUCCGGCUCCGGUCAAGGCAUUAUCUGGGCGCUGUUGAAGCACGCUAAGAAGUCGCUUUAGGAAGUCAAUGCUGAACGCUUUUGCUUUCCCGCAAACGAAUGAAUGCUUUCCCGCCAAACGAGGCUUUUGCGCCAACGAACGAAUGAAAUGCUUGAAUCCGAAGAUGCCGAGUAAGUCGAUGUUCGGUGGUAGCGUUUCUGAGAAUCUUUUUCUUUCAAAGAUACGGAUUGGUCUUUCUUUCCCUCUCCCUUUGUCAGAGAUCAAAUUACAAAACCAAGAUUUCCGUUUGGAGGGACAGAUGAGUUCCUUUGAUCCCUUUGUUGAUGAAUCCAAGGCACUGGUUCGACGUCUAGGUCAGAAGGUCAAGGCGAAGUCCUUUCUUUGUCGAUGA